AUGGAGUGGGUGGAUGUGUGGGAGGAUGAGUUGGUGGAGGCGUACAUCUUCCGCAGUCUGCAGGCGCCGUUCGACAACGACUUCUACCAGUGUACUACGAUGGGCGUCUACACAGAGGAAUGGCAGGAGAGGCUGUACACAAUCGCCAGUCUCGUCACACUCUUUCUGCUGCCGCUGCUGAUCAUAGCCGUCUCUUACUUGAUGAUAUUCUACACAAUCGCCGUAAAGGCAAACAACAACUUGACAGCGAAAGGCGAAGUUGAGGAACAGAAUACGGCAAGUCUCUUGCAGCUGAGCAUGUCAUGUGCUGCAUCUAGUCCUGUCUGCAUCACAAGACACACCGUUGAGAAGAACGUACAGUGCAACAGGGAUGCAUUCCACAAGUGCUAG